AUGGCAGGCACUGAUGUAGAUGCUAAGGAAUUAAUAAAAAAAGAAGCAGAAAACAAAAGUGAAGUUUCGAGUUCAGCAGCUCAAGUUGCCAGUCAUUAUAAUGCAAUACCACAGAAGGGUGUUGCUGAAAGAACAAGCAGCCGGAUAUUUUAUCUUCGGAAUUUUAACAAUUGGAUCAAAAGCAUGCUGAUUGCUGAAUUCUUAGAAAGAUUGCAAACGGAAGGUUGCCCAAAAGCAAUCGUACUUGAUUUGUGCUGUGGAAAAGGUGGUGAUUUUUUGAAAUGGCGUAUUGGAAAUGUUGCUCAUGUCGUUGCAACAGACAUAGCAAGUGUUUCAUUGGAACAAUGUGAAAAGCGAUAUAAAGAUAUGAAAGCACGAGAAAAUCCAAGACGGCCAUUAUUUAGUGCCGAAUUUAUUGUUGCAGAUGCUACAGAAGAUCGCUUGGUAGACCACUACUGUGACCGUUUUAUAAAGUUCGAUGUGUGCAGUUGCCAGUUUUCACUUCAUUAUUGUUUUGAAAGUGAAAAGCAAGCACGGCGAAUGAUACAAAAUGCUGUGGAAAGGUUAAAACCAGGCGGUUAUUUUAUUGGGACCUUACCAGAUGCCGAAAGAAUUAUAUAUUGUAUUAAAAAUUCCAAAGAUGGAACAUAUACCAAUGGUAUUUUACGUUUGAUGUAUGGAGAUGUUGAAGCGUUCAAAGAUAGCAGUGUCCGUCCACCUAUUUUUGGAGCAUUAAUUCAUUUCUCACUUGAUACGCAGGUCAAUUGUCCAGAAUACCUCGUUCAUUUUCCCGUCCUUGAAAGAUUGCUUGCUGAUUGUGGAUUGAAAUUGGUUUACAAAAAACGUUUUCCGGAUGCAUUUGAAUAUUACAUGAAUGAAAGGAAUGGACGAGCACUGUUAGCUCGAAUGCAAGCAUUAGAACCUUUUCCACCUGUUGAUGAUGUUAAAUUGAUGGGACCAACGGAAAGUUAUAAAUUCGCAGAAAAAAAACUAACGGAAAUCAUGAGAGAACAUUCAGAAGCAGGGAGCAUUGGAAUGGGGACAUUAUCACAAGAUGAAUGGGAAGUUGCGUCGAUGUACCUCGUUUUUGCUUUUCAACGGGAAAAAAGUAUAUGA